AUGGCAGCGGCGAGUGUGGAGCCCCUGGAGCCUUCCCCGGCGGGCCUGGACCACGACGACGAGCAGCCCGUCGUCAACGGGGACAGCGGCGAGGCGCCAGGCGGCGAACCCGCCGGGGCGAUGACAACGGCGGCGGCCUCCUCGGAGACAAGCUCGUCAUCAUCAACCUCGCUUUUGUCCUGCCUCAACAGCGAGGUGCCGGCGAGUUGUGAGUACGGACGCGUGUUGGGGAAGCGCGUGCUCUGGGCGACCGUGGUGCUGGCGGCCGCGCUCUUCCUCGGCGCCUCCCAGACCUUCGAGACUCAGGACGGUGAGUGCACGACCCCGAACGUGACGACUAGACAAGGACAGCUGUGCGGACGACUGGUCACAUCCCCGACGGGCGUCCUUUACCACUCCUUCCAGGGCAUCCCCUACGCCAAGCCACCCGUCGGCGACCUGCGCUUCAGGGAACCGCAGCCGGCCGAGCCAUGGACGGGACUGCGCGGCGCCCUCCAGCCGGGGGCGGUGUGCCUGCAGUCGGGCCAGGGCGCCGUCCUGGAGACGCUCUCGCCCACGGUGAGGCAGGCCGUGAUCCUGUUCAAGGCGCUGCCCAGUUUCCUGUCCGGCUUCUUCCGCCAGCAGAGCGAGGACUGCCUGUUCCUCAACGUGUACUCGCGCGAGCUGCGGCCCGCCCGCCCGCUGCCCGUCCUGGUGUGGAUCCACGGCGGCGGCUUCCACAUGGGCAGCGGCGGCCCGGACCUGUACGGCCCCGAGUACCUCAUGGAGGCGAGUAGCGCCGUCGUCCUGGUCACGCUCAACUACCGCCUGGGCCCGCUCGGCUUCCUCAGCCUGCCGUCCGGCGGCGUCCCCGGCAACGCCGGCCUCAAGGACCAGGCCGCCGCGCUUCGCUGGGUGCGCGACAACAUCCAGGCCUUCGGCGGCGACCCCUCCAGGGUCACCAUCUUUGGCGAGAGCGCGGGCGGCACCAGCGUCCAGAUGCACAUGGUGUCACCGCUGUCUAGAGGUCUGUUCCACGGUGCCAUAUCCCAGAGCGGGUCCGCACUGAACCCGCGGUCCAGCACCAGCACCGCCGCGGGCGCGGAGCGCGCGCGCCGUCUGGCCCGGCAGCUGCAAGUCCAGGCCAGCGACGACGCCGACCUGGUGAGACGCCUGCGCCUGCUGCCAGGGAAGGUGAUCAACUCCAUGUCGGAGAGCGUCCUGACGGACGAGGAGCGCUCCCGCGGGCUGGCGGUGCACCCCUUCGUGCCGACCGCCGAGCAGGACGAGCCGGGCGCCUUCCUGCCCGCCACCCCGCAGGAGCUCGUGUACCGCGGGUUGUCCGCGCCCGUCCCCUACAUCACGGGCAUCAACAGCCUGGAGGCGGGCUUCAUGAUGAACAGGGAGCGCGACCUCGCCGGAGUGCACCUGGACAGAGAGAUGGAGAACCUCGUGCCCUCCGACCUGGGAGUGCAGCACGGCUCGCCGGCAAACACCGAGAUCGCUCGCGCGAUGAAGCGAGCUUACUUCGGCGACAGCGACAGACCCUCGCAGAUGCAGAUGGCCGAGUUCUACUCCGAUCUGUUCGUCAACUGGGUCGCGCACAGGACGGUGAACCUGUACUCUCGGCUUGAGAGCCCCGCCCUCUACGUGUACCGUUUUUCGCACGACGGCGGCCUCACCCUCUCGCGUAGACUCUUCGACAAGAAGCUGCCAGGUGUGUUCCACGGAGACGAAUUGGCUUACCUCUUCACGCAGAGCGUCGUCCCGAGCGGCAACGAGUCAGAGCAGGACGUCCUCGUCAGAAAGCGAAUGGCCGAGCUAUGGACGAACUUCGCCGCUAGCGGGAACCCCAACGGCGACAGCCCCCUGCUGACGACAAAGUGGAUGUCCGCCAACAACCAGAGCCAGCUGUACCUGGAGAUCGGCGCGGACCUCGCCAUGAGGCGGGGACUGUUCUCCCCCAACGUGGGCUUCUGGGACACCGUGUACACCGUGCGGGAGGGCGGCGCGAGGACGUAGCGAGUGAUACUGGUCGGGCGGAGGUGUGUGACAAGCGCUCAUGUGAUAUGAUUAGACGCUCGAUAAAAUAGUUGGUAGUUUGUAGUUUAUUGAGAAAAAUAUUUUGGCUGUGAUAAAUGGAGACAAUUACAUUAAUUUAACACGUCGGCCUCAAAUGUGGCAACGAAAAUCAGCUCCGGUCAAAGGCGUGAGAAUGUAUCUCCACUUCGAAAUAUUUAAAUUAAUACAAGUAUUGUAAAUAAACAAUUCUGAAAUUUUGA